CUAAAACCCUGCAGAAGAAAAUCCACUCCCUUGUAACCGCCAUGGUUUUCACUUUGUGCAUCCGCAGGUCAGCUUCUCGUUUAGCUUCCGUGUACGGUCGUGUAGCUCGAUCCCAGUCCAUCUCCACCGUCGCCGUCGUCAAUCGCUCAUCCCUUGUUCCAAACCCAUCUUCUCUGCUUCGUCCUUUCGUAUCUCGUAGCUUCCUCUAUUCGACGGUUACCACCGAGCGGUUAAAGUCCGAUGAGACGCUUAUCCAAGUGAUUGACUCCGAAAUUAAAGAUGCUUUCGAAGCUGAUGUGCAGGGUGAAGAAGAGACGACAGAUUCCGAUGACUUUCCUUUUAAGAUUGAAGAUAAUCCUGGUCACAGGAAUGUAACGUUGACUAGAGAGUACAAUGGAGAGCAGAUUAGAGUAGAAGUGAGCAUGCCUGGUUCCAUGGAUGAAAAUGAAGAUGAUGGUAUGGAUGACAAUGAAGAUGGUAAUGAGAAAGCCAACGAGACAAGCAUUCCGCUAGUUGUCACUGUGACCAAGAAGAGUGGACUCAGCCUUGAGUUUAGCUGCACUGCUUUCCCUGAUGCGAUUGUCAUUGAUGGUUUGUCUGUGAACCAUUCAGAGAAGUCUUCUUCCGAAGAAGGAGAGCAAUUGACAUAUGACGGGCCUGACUUUCAAGAGUUGGAUGAGAAUAUGCGCAAGUCGUUCCACAAGUUUCUUGAGGCCAGAGGAAUCAAACCAAGCGUGACGGAUUUCAUGUAUGAGUACAUGAUGAAGAAAGAUAGCAGAGAGUACUUGCUGUGGUUGAAGAAUCUCAAAAACUUCAUCCAAGAAUAAAUCAAGUUUGAAGACACCAGUUUUCGUGGUUGCAGUUCUGUUCUAGUGUCAUCUAUGCUCGCAUUGUGUUUAGAAACUGGAAUUCGAAUUUGAGUCAUUCUAAUCUUCUUUUGCAUGCAGAAUGAUAUUAAAACAGAAUGUUACAUUGUCUUAUAAUGAGUUUUUUGACAUGAAGAGAAGCUAGUAAACACUUUACUAUUUUCAAAAGACCAUCAAGUUGGAAGGAUCUUCUUAUGGUGGUGAAGGUCCAUAGGGAACUUUACAUCAUAAUAAAAAAAACUCAUAGUAGUAAAAACUGUAUAACAUAACAAUUGACAUUAACACUUAGCUAAAACCCGUUCUCCACUUCCUCUGUCCUUUUUGAGACAGGGAGGUCCUUAUGAAUGUAAACAACUCCUUUGUCUCCAUCCACAACUUGUCCU